UGCAAGUGACAGAAAACAACAGAGACGCUGAAUGAGACGCUUUUUGACUGAGCCCCAGCCAUGAGGAGACCAGACCAACUGUAGAGGACUUGAAAACAGAUGCAAGUGAUCAUCAGCUCUGCUUCUGACUGAAGGAACUCAUCUUUGCAUCAGCAGGAUUGAAUUUGUGGAGGAAAAAAAAAAGACGAAGACAGACAAAUAGACAGACAAGAGGACGGAUUGGAUUUGGUGGUACAUAUCAAAGAGAUAACCGUCAAUGAAGACACCUGGCAUGGCGGUAUUCAAGCAACAAAAUGUGGAUGAUUUCUAUGAAAUUGGAGAAGAACUAGGAAGUGGGCAGUUUGCAAUUGUUAAGCGCUGCAUAGAGAAGAGCUCAGGUAUUGAAUAUGCAGCCAAGUUCAUCAAGAAGCGCCAGAGUCGAGUCAGCAGACGUGGUGUACGAAGAGAGGAGAUUGAGAGGGAAGUGGACAUCCUGCAGCAACUCCAGCACCCCAACAUUAUAACGCUGCAUGACGUGUACGAGAACCGCACAGAUGUUGUGCUUGUCCUCGAAUUGGUUUCUGGAGGAGAGCUGUUCGAUUUCUUGGCUCAGAAGGAGUCUCUCAGUGAAGAGGAGGCCACUCAGUUUAUCAAACAGAUCCUUGAUGGAGUCCAGUACCUUCACUCCAAGAGGAUCUCACAUUUUGAUCUAAAGCCUGAAAAUAUAAUGCUGCUGGACAGGGAUGAUCCUCUACCCCGCAUCAAACUCAUAGACUUUGGACUGGCACACAAAAUAGAAGCUGGGGCAGAUUUUAAAAACAUUUUUGGGACCCCUGAGUUUGUAGCUCCAGAGAUAGUCAACUAUGAGCCACUGGGAUUGGAGGCAGACAUGUGGAGCAUUGGAGUCAUCACAUAUAUACUCUUGAGUGGUGCGUCACCUUUCCUCGGUGACACGAAGCAGGAGACACUGGGAAAUAUCUCGGCGAUGGACUAUGAUUUUGAUGAAGAGCUCUUCAGCAAUACAAGCGAGCUUGCCAAGAGCUUCAUAAGGGAGCUUCUUGAGAAGGACACGAGAAAACGGAUGACCAUACAGGACGCCCUUAACCAUCCUUGGAUUAAGCCUUUGAAUCCUAGACAGGCCAUGGUGAAAAGGUUGUCAGUGGUCAACUUGGAGAACUUCAGGAGACAGUACGCCAGACGCAGAUGGAAGCUGUCAUUCAGAAUUGUAUCUCUGUGCAAUCAUUUAACACGGAUCAUGAAGAAGGGCCAGAAGCUGCCUGAGCAGGACGGGAGGGAUUGUGAAAGUGACCAAGAAGAAGAAAUCCUCAAGAGAAGACCGAGGACCAGAAAGAGAAGCAGCACUUCCUGAGAGCAACAAUAAGUGUCAAGUGUCAGUCGACAAUGUUCCUGUUGCAACAGUGACUCUGCACUCUUUGACGCACACUUUGCAGCUGUUACUUGUCUAAAAGAAUCAGCCACAGUAUUUGAAUGACUUCUGAAGAUGCAACAUUUUCAGUGGUCAAAGCAACUUUGUAUGUCUUGGUGACUCACAAAGCCAGCAGAUCAUCCGCUUUAUGUUAGAUAGCCAUUUCUGAAUUAGAGCUACUGUUUUCUUGCAUGAAAAGAUAUAACUGGAUUAUUGUUGACAGGAACUGAAAAGCCAAUGUGGACAAAAAUGGAGGCAGCUUCCUCUAAGUGCAGUCUUAAAAAUGCUUCAGCUGUUUUUAGGCAGCCAAGUGUUGACAGAUAGUUUGACUGUGUUCUUUUUAUUGUGCAGGUUGCAUGUGAGGAUUUACAAGAAAUAUUUUGUCCACGACAGGGUGAUGGUAGCAGAUCUUCAUAACCAAAUGUUUACAUGUUGCUCUGCUUAGCAUACAAUAAUGUCAUUUGCCACAUUAAGAUAAUUACCUGAAGCCUGCUAUACAGAGCCAUCUGUGUACUGUAAUUCUACAUUUUCUUAAUUUCUGUAAAUUACUCAUGUCAAAUGAGGCAAUCAUUACAUUUUGUCCUAUGAAUACAUAAGAACAUAAUAUAAAUAACUUCUAUACAUAUGUGAAAUACAAUUCAGAAUUGAAUUUCUUAAUGCAGUUGUUUGUUCUUGAUGCAUUUUGAUGUAUUUAUGGUGUAAAUAUACAUGUCAGCCAAAUGUCUUAUCUCAGUUUCACUUGUAUCUUACAUCCGCUGUUUUAAAAACAAAUACUUAAUUCUCCGUUCUCUUGUGUAUUGUAUGUAUUGUAUGUAUUGUAAAUUGAAAUGUUUAAUAAAUUAAUGAACAUGA